CUGCAGUAUCCGGCUAUUUUAGACCUACUACAUCACUCAACUCUUUGGCGCGUGUUUCUGUUCGGCCUGCAACUAGUGCACUUCCGACAGCCCAGUUUCACAACCGGCCCUUCUCCGUUGCUUUCCUCCUGAGCUGAUUCCCAGCCUGUGCCACCAUGGCCAACCCGUUUGACACGCUCAACAGCACACAGUCCUCGACCGGCUCAGGCCAGGACACCUUGCUCAUCGUCAUCCUGCUUGUCGGCAUGCUGUUCUUCCUGCUCCGCAACAUGGCGAAAUUCAGCAACUCGGGCCUGAAGGUGUCUCGUGGCGGCGGCGGCGGCGGCAGCAAGUCGGCCGGCAAGGAGAGUGAGACGGAUGCUGGCAACACGGCGGGCGAGGAGGACGAGGAGGAGGAGGAGGAGGAAGAGGAGGAGGAGGGCGACGACAAGAAGGACGAUUGAGGAACUGAUAACUUCUUAUGACCUUGCGUUACAAUUUGCAGCUCACAGUUCAAAAGCUCGAAAGGACUGCGGCGUGUGGGACCGCAGUCAUGUGCUAACCUUAGCGGAGGGGGGCCUUGGUUGUCUGGUGUGCGCGUGUGGUGAACAUGAACGUGCAUGGGGCUGGACAGUCAUGUCAGUGUACGUGUGCGUAUGCCGCGACAUAUGCAUGGCGGUUCCUACUUGACCAUUGUACAUUGUAGCGGAGCGGGUGCGGGUAGCGUUGAGCAAGGGUCACCAAUUGGCUUUCAUUUACAUGAGCGCACGUCAUGAAGGGGUACCGACGUGAAGGGUCAUGUGCCACUGCCGGCGCCAUGAGACGGCAAGGCGCAGGCGAAACCGUUAGCGGGCAGGUGCGUGCACGGGGGGCCACCUGCUGGUCAUGUCGAUGACUUGUAAUUCCACUGGCGG